CCGCGGAGGGGUUAAAUCUGGCGGCAGAGCGCCGUGUAAAGCCGGGGAGUUUCUGAAGGAAGACCGGAAGCGCUGCAUUUCAAUAAAAGCUUUUCACGGGUCUUCCACGGCGUCUGCCGGCUCUCAGCCUGCUUUGUUUCCCUACAACAGGCACUACUGGUUAGCGAAACGACUCGAAUAACACGUUUUAAAGGCCGCGGUGGAUUCUCUGAGACGGAAGCGUUUGGAGCGACUUUUAUUGUGAAGGGCCGCGCUGGGUUUCCGGCCAGCUUGAGUCGCGCUGCAGUGUGAGCAGCAGCAGCAGCGGCGGCGGCGCAGGUCUGUCUGAGCCGCAACAUCAGCACUGACGGACGGCGCUGUCUGGGUCCACCUGCCGCUGGAUGAAGCUCCUUCCCGGGGCGUCCCUUCCUUUCCCCCCGCAGCGCUGAUCCGAAGGCAGGAGCCCGCUAGUAGAUGGAGCGCUAACCCGGUGGAGGAGGCUGGAAUGCCCUUCGCUGCCUCUCCGCAGUCAUCGCGCUGAUCGCCGGGCUAUAAGGACCAGAACGGUGCAUUAAAAUCUUCCUGCUGAACUCCGGGGACGACCGACCGGGUCUCCUGCUCGUCCGCGGAGGGACGAUUUUCUGGAGGAAAGUGACCCGCAUGCCCGGCCAGAGCGGCAGCGACGGGAGAAUGCAUCGCGGCGGGUGCGCGGCUGCAGGUGGAUGACCAACCUGACCGCCUCUGCCGCCGCUCCCUCCCCCCCGAUCGGCUGGCAGGCAGCUGCCGCCUCGGCGUCCGGCCUCAGGCGGAUCAGCUCGGAAAAAAAGGGCACCUGAACCGGAGUGACGCGAAUCAAGCGGAGCCAUGCUUCCCGGCGUCGGCGUUUUCGGCACCAGCCUGACCACCCGGGUGAUCAUCCCGCUGCUGAAGAACGAAGGCUUCGCCGUGAAGGCGCUGUGGGGCCGGACGCAGGAGGAGGCGGAGGAGCUGGCCAAGGAGAUGAACGUACCCUUCUACACCAACCGGAUCGACGACGUGCUGCUGCACCAGGACGUGGAUCUGGUGUGCAUCAACCUGCCGCCGCCUCUGACGCGGCAGAUCGCCGUCAAGACGCUGGGUAUUGGCAAGAAUGUCAUAUGCGAUAGGACCGCUACUCCUCUGGAUGCCUUCCGAAUGAUGUCAGCUGCCCAGUACUACCCAAAGCUGCUCAGCAUUAUGGGAAAUGUGCUGCGUUUCUUGCCGGCCUUUGUUCGGAUGAAGGAACUGCUGGAGGAAGGGUACAUCGGAGAACUUCUGGUCUGUGAGGCCCAGGUCCACAGUGGCAGCCUCUUGGGGAAGAAGUACAACUGGAGCUGCGAUGACCUGAUGGGGGGAGGCGGAUUGCAUUCGGUGGGCAGCUACAUCAUCGACCUGCUGACGUUCCUGACGGGCCAGCGUGCGGUCAAGGUCCACGGCUUCCUAAAGACCUUCGUCAAACAGACGGACCACAUCCGAGGCAUCCGUCAGAUAACCAGCGACGACUUCUGCACGUUCCAGAUGGCGUUAGAGGGCGGCGCCUGCUGCACCGUCACCCUCAACUUCAACGUCCCCGGGGAGUUUCGUCAGGAAGUGAUUGUCGUGGGGACCGUCGGGAGGUUAAUGGUCACAGGAACAGACCUGUAUGGCCAGAAGAACAGUGGCGGCGGGGGAAGCGGUGGCGGUCCUGAACUCUUGCUCAAAGACACCACUCCUCUGGAGAAGGCGUCCUUGCCAGAAAAGGCCUUUAGUGACAUUCCAUCCCCUUACCUCACGGGGACUAUCCGCAUGAUCCAGGCUGUGCGGCAGGCCUUUCAGGACCAAGACGACCGGCGGACCUGGGAUGGGAGGCCCCUGACGAUGGCCGCCACUUUUGAGGAUUGCCUCUAUGCUCUUUGCGUUGUGGACACAAUCAAGCAGUCCAACCAGUGUGGGGAAUGGCAGAACAUUGUGGUCAUGAAGGAGGAACCAGAGGUCAGCCCUGCCUAUUUGAUCAGUGAGGCCAUGCGUCGCAGCAGGAUGUCCCUCUACUGUUAACACCUGGCUGAUGUCCAGCUGUGGAGGACCGUGGCCUUGGUCUAGUUCAAAGUUCUUCCACAAAGCUGCUGGAUUUCAUUCAACUCAUCUCUAGUUUUAUUUAUUUGUGCGUCAUUACUGUUACAGAGAGUUUAUGCCAAUGUGAUGCAAAUAUCUGUGGUUUUGCUGCCUCAACAUAUGGGGAAGAGGUUAGGGUAUUAACAAUCAAGCUUUGUAUCUAUAAGAAAGCUCCCUCUGUUUUUUUACAUUUGAUAAAAGGACUUGAGUCCUCCUGUAGAUGCAAUUGUAAAUCAGACUAAUUCACAACAGAUCGACAUUGGAAGCGUAUCAGAGAGGGAAUCUACUUGCUGGUCGGCUGGUCAGUCAGUAACGACGGCGUGUUGGGGAUCUGCGUCUGAUCUUUCAGUUUGACGAGCUAAUGAGUCUUGAUGCUUUUCACCACCCUGCUGAUUGCUUGAUCAAACGAGUAUUGUGCAUCCUUUCCCUGCAUCCCUUCAAUGACUUGGUGACUAGGUGUGGAAACACAAUACCUUACACUGUGGGUCCGAGCAAGGACAGCCAAGGAAGAACGACGGUCCUCUCAAAUUGUGCCGCUCCGUUGUUGCUGUACUCUGAAGUUCUUGCUAGUUUUACCAAGUGAAUGCGCUUGAGUCAGUGCGCUUGAUAGUCUCUGUCUGUUUACUAUGUACUCUACUGUGUGUGCGCGAAACAAAUGAAAAAAAUAAUAGCUUGGCUGGUGGGUUUCUCAGAGGCUUUAACCUUCUGGUUAAUGUAUGCAAUAUAAAAAGGCUGCAGCCUGAAAUAAAGGGUUAGAACACACUAUUGUAUGCCUUUAUGCAGUUGGCUGUGCAUUUUAGUUCUGCACAAGUGAUCAGUGGUGAUACUUGGAUCUCCCCUUGGUUUAUUGCUUUUACUUUCCAUUUGUUGGUGCACAUAGUUAAUGCUAAGCUUACCCGAACUGCUGCUGCAACUGAAUAUUAUCUUGUUCAACAUGCCUAAACAUCCAGUAAAACUGCAAAGUUUUCAACCAGUGAACCAUGUAGCACAGUGUGGUCCACCAUCGGCUUCAAAGACCAAUACACGAGGCUCUAAUCUGUGAGGUGGGGGGUAUUCUUUGUUGCUUUUUUCAAUGUCAUCAGGUCUUAUGUAAACCGAAUUGCCAACAGUGUUAAUUUCUGUAAUAUUUUGAGACUAUCCCACUCUGUAUCCUCUUGCUAAUGAUAAUUAGAGCUAUAAAGGAGGCUAAAUCUGUGUUUUACCUUGAACAAAAAAUAUGCCUGUUUUAAUUACCUUUCGCUGUUUUUGCUUUUUUGUCUUGUUUCAUUUAUAUAUGGAAGUCAGAACUUCUGAGGUCCAAGUCUGAAAAAUUAACUAGGAUGCCCCUUGAGUCAGGAUGUUUAAACAUGUUGUAGGUUUCUAAACCAAGCCUAAACUCAAAAUCCAAAAUGUCUGCAAUUUGUAUUCGAUACAGUGCUAACUGUUGUAAUAAGAUGCAAAUUUACAUUUCUGAUACCGAUCAUUAAAUCUUAUUAAAUCAGUCAUGGCCACAGUUCUGUUCAAACAUGAAGAGAGAUGAUGUUGCUACUGCCUUUUAAUUCAGAGAAUAAUGAGAAAUAUGCAAUCAGCUAAUAUUGCUAACAGCAUUAUCAAUACAAGCCAAAAUCCCAGGCGUUUUCACAAUUUAAGAUGAAAGUGAGUUAGGAUCACCAACUCAGAGUGUUGACUCUAAAGCAAAUUGAACACCUCAUUAACAUUGCUUUAAGCAGCAGGCAGCUAUUCUAGUGCACAAAACCCCAGCGAAGCAAAUAGUAAGUGUGUCCGGCGAAUAGUGGAGCACUUUAUAGCUAAAAGAGAUAUUGGUGAUGGAAUUAUGGUAAAAAUCAGAGUUGAAUUGAAAUUUACAACAUGGACAGAAAUGAGUUUCUACAUGAAUGUUAAUGAUUUUGAUGUUUACCGUUUGGCUAACACGUUAGCUUUAAAUUUGGCUGUAGCUCAAAGCUCGGCGAGGAAUUAGAAGAUGGACAAGAGCAGAAACAGCAGGAGGCCUCUGUAUUUCCUCUAGCAAAUGCUUUUGAAAAUACUGUAGGGUCAGUUUAUGUUUAGAAUUGUUUGCCAAUUUUUCCUGACAAAGCUAACAAAAUAAGCUGCCUGUAAAGUUUAACUGAACAUUUAAAGAAGCCAAAAGGUGUCAUUUUAUUUUAUGCAUUGCUAUCAUGUUCCAUUUGCAGUUUGAAGUUCAUAAGAUGUGCUAAAGUCCUAUCUGUGUUACAACUACUGAAAAUGUACAUAUGAAAAUAUUGUAAAACAAGUGUUUGUCUAAACAGUUAAACAAGUGUUGUAUGUGUUCUAUCUGUGAAAACCAAGGAACUGCAAUGUGUUUUAAUUAGUUUUAAGGUAUUUAUGGUGUGAUUUUGAUGUUUUACAUUUGGUGGACUGACCUGCAGUUUAUGCGUGAGAUUUACAACAGACUGAGGCCUUUGGAGCAGUCAGCUUCUUUGUUCCAUUUGGAGACCAAAAUAAACGCCUAAACACACUGAAAAGCUUUAUGUUUGCUGUCAGGCUGCACAAUGGAUCACAGCCAGAACCCAACGUCAUUGCUGUAAAUGUUCUGCGACGUGAACAAUCGGUGAUGCCUGUAUGUUGAUGACUGUCUCGUUUGCGUUAUCUAUGUUUGGUUUUUGUGGUUUGUCAGGUUACAGCAUGCUUUUCCGCCGUUGCUCACUUACUAGGGUCCGAACUGUUCCACACAUACAGCAGAAAUACUUUUGGACAAAAAAAAAUACCUGCUCGCCAAAUAUUCUGCCUGGGAAAAAUUCUGAGCUCAACACAGAUAAGCUAUCGCUAUUCAAGAUAAAUGAUUGCCCCUUGUGUACCAAACACCUUAUCAAAACUACAUACAGACUUUCCCCCUUUGUCAGAUAAGAGAUUAAAUGAACACCUAUAAAACCUGUUGUCAGGAUGUGGACUUUUCUCAUGAGGGUUUAUUUCACUGUCAUGUUUAGGCUUUGAUUUUGUGAAUUAGAUCUAACCUUUGGGUACAGUGACAGCACUGCUACAUAAGAGCUGCACUAGUAAAAGAAGAGCAGUAAAUGGGUCCUGAAAUACAUUAAGUGUACACAAUAAUUAUUUCAAGAGUGUAAUUCUGUAAAUUUUGAAUAUGGCUUAAAGUUAAAUAUAAAUUGAGUUUAUUAAAAAAUAGAAUAUUUUUAAAAUGGAUCAACUUAGAUUCUCUGCCUUUCUGCUAUUCCUCCAGACUCUAGAGGUAGAGCAAUAAAAAAAGUCUUAAACCAGCUUUGUUUGACAAUCCACUACAGUUAUCCCUGCUGUUUGUGCACCUUUUUUAAAUGCAUUGUUUUACUUUUUUAUAUAACAUUUAGAAAUUCUGAAGAACUGAAUGUCGGGUGUUCAUUAGCUCUACCCCCUAAUCAUCAAGAUUAAUAGAAAUAAACAGUUGAGGUAUACCCCUCUACAUUUAAGCCCCACAUGAUUCAUAUGCCUGACAGAUUCAAAUUUAAACUUUUAAUUCAGCUCAGAAACGUGUCUGAUAGUCAGACAAGCAUCUGAAGCCUGAGGUUGUCCCUGUAAUUUGGCCACUUUUUUCUAUCAGACUUUCCCCUUCCACUUUCCAUCGAUAUGCGUGGAUACAGCACUCUGUGAACAACCAGCUUUGUUAUCAUUGACCUUCAACAAUUCAAGUGCAGCAACGGCGGCAGAUAAAAUUUUACUAUAUUUUGGAAGGGUGAUAUUUCACCCAGCGAGCAUUUUAUUGCAUAUUUUUGGGAGGUCACGUUAGCUGAACGGAGAAGCACUUUUUUUUUUUUUUUU